UGGACAGGCGUGAGUUGAAAGGCGGAUGUAUCCUCCCCAUGAGCCUGUGAACCAGCUGGACAUGACGGACAGGCCGGUGUGUUGUAUCCCGAGCGUGGUGGCAGUCACAUGAUCUCGACAGAUGAUCUGGAGUAUCCACGGGAGUACCGGACACUGGGGAACAGCGCUCGGCGGUUCUCCAACGUGGGCCUGGUGCACACGUCGGAGCACCGCCACACCGUCAGCGCCGCCCAGAGUCUGGAGGCCCUUACAAACCUGCACAAGGCUGACAUGGAACGCAAGAGGGACGCCUUCAUGGAUCAUCUGAAGAGCAAGUACCAGCAGCAGCAGCAGCAGCAGCUGCAGCAUCCACACCACAGCCCACACCACAACCCACCGUCACCCUCGCCCUCCCACGCCAGCAUGAGGGGCACGUCAGAGCGGUCCGCACGAGAACAGCAACAGCCUAACUACUGGAGCUUUAAGAGCCGCAGUCCAAGGCAUUCCCAGUCUACCCAGUCUGGGCUUGCCGACCAGGCCGCCAAGCUCUCCUUUGCCUCCGCUGAAUCUUUGGAGACCAUGUCAGAAGCCGACAUCCCCCUCGGAUUCAACCGGAUGAACCGAUUUCGCCAGAGCUUGCCACUGUCCCGCUCUGCCAGCCAGAAUAAGCUACGAUCUCCAGAUGAAUAUUCAGGCGUGCUGUUCCUGCAGUACGGGGAUGAGACACGUCGGGUGCACAUAACCCAUGAGCUGAGCAGCCUGGACACGCUGCACGCCCUCAUCGUGCACAUGUUCCCUCAGAAGUUGACAGCAGGUAUGCUGAAGUCACCCAACACGGCCAUAUUGAUCAAGGAUGAGGCGCGCAACGUCUUCUAUGAGCUGGAGGACGUCCGGGACAUCCAGGACCGCAGUAUCAUCAAGAUUUACCGUAAAGAGCCCAUCUACGCCUCCUACCCUGCUGCUGCACACCUGGCUAACGGAGACCUGAGGAGGGAGAUGGUGUACUCCUCUCGCGAUUCCUCCCCAACUCGCCGUCUCAAUACCCUCCCCUCCUCCACGGCCUCAGCAUCCUCUGGCUCUCCAUCCCGUUCACGUCUCUCCUACAGUGGGGGCCGUCCUCCAUCCUUCGCCGGGUCCCACCCCCAGCAUGAACAGCCGCGACAUCCCCACCAUCCCUCAGCCGGCCAUGGCGCCAACGCAGGCCUGUCUCCCUCACCCAGCGCCAUCCUGGAGCGCCGCGACGUCAAGCCUGACGAAGAGGUUUCUGCGAAAAACAUGGCACUGAUGAAGAACGAGGGGCUGUACGCAGAUCCCUACAGCUUGAUGCACGAGGGCCGCCUCAGCAUUGCCUCCACGCAGUCGUUAGCUACCAUCGGAGACCCCUUUAGCUUCCCCGUUUCCACUGGCCUGUACCGCCGGGGCUCUGUGCGAUCCCUCAGCACAUAUUCAGCAGCUGCUCUUCAGGGGGACCUGGAGGACUCUCUCUACAAGCCUGGAGGUUCGCUCUACUCUGACACAUAUUCCUCAGCCACCCUGGGCAUGGGUUUUCGCAUGCCACCCUCAUCCCCACAGAAAAUCCCUGACAUGCAGCUGAGGGACAGGGACUCAUAUUCCAGCUCACCCAGCAGAGCCUCUCCGGUCAGACAGACCUUCCGCAAGGACUCGGCCUCCUCCUCUGUGUUUGUGGAGAGCCCAAAGUCAAGGCCUAGCUCCAGUUCAGAGCCUCUGUGUCUGACAGCUGGGCCUGGGGAGGGUGGCAGGGCCACGCCUGGUUUUGGUUCUUCAUUAUCUGGACCAGACCCUGACAGUAGCAGGGACCAUCGUCUGGAGCGCAUGGAGGCCAUGGAGAAGCAAAUAGCCAGCCUGACUGGCCUAGUCCAGAGUGUACUGACCAGAGCACCAGACAGUGAUAGCACAUGCGGCCUGCUGCGUCUCUGCAUGAUGGCGGGCUGCCCUCCGGACCAAGGGACGGAGUUCUCACGGCCAUUACCUUUCUCUUCCAGCGAGAAGACCGAAACCAACAGCGACGGCUCCGCCACUGGAACUGGACGGCUGAAGAAGAAAGCUCAUACACCGUCGGCACCUCUAGCUCUCAUGCCGCCGCCACCUUCUAACACGACCCCGGUGAACAGCGUCGGCCGCUUGCAGAUGCAGCUCCACCUGCACGGUCUGCAGCAAAACGCCACCGACCUGCGCAAACAGCUCACCCAGCUGCGCAAGAUACAGAUGGAUAACCAGGACUCGGUGCGAACUCUGUUGAAGCGGACAGAAGCAGAGUUGAACGUGCGCGUGGCUGAUGCUUUGAGGAAGCAGGAGGAUCCUCUGCAGAGACAGCGCCUCCUGGUGGAGGAGGAGAGACUCAAGUACCUAAAUGAGGAGGAACUGAUCAUCCAACAGCUCCACGACCUGGAGAAGUCAGUGGAGGAGAUCCAGAAGGAGUCGUCUGUCAACCACAAACUGGUGACAGUGCAGGAGCUGGAGGAGAAGGCUACUGUUCUGAGAAAACUGGGAGAAACCCUCACAGAGCUGAAAAAUCAGUUCCCAGGCCUGCAGAGUAAGAUGCGAGUGGUGCUCAGGGUGGAAGUGGAAGCCGUCAAAUUCCUGAAAGAGGAGCCACACAGGCUCGAUGCCCUGUUAAAACGCUGCAAGACUAUAACAGACACCCUCGCAACCAUGCGCAAGCAAGCAAAUGAGGGCGUGUGGAAGAAGCAGGAGGACUUUUCUAGUCCUACAUCAAAGCACAAUGAGGAUUUGCGAAAGUUUGCAGACUUUGACAUCCCCACCAGUCCACCCCUCACCAUCAAUGACCUUGGUGGAGGAAACAGCCUGUCCAACUGGAGCCCUCACUCCAGCCUCAGCCGUAGCCAUGGGAAUCCAUCCGGCCCGCACAAGGACAAUCACCCACCUGUUCCCCACAAGGGCAAAGCCCUGGAGGAGCUGGAACGCCGUGCUGCUGCUGACAAAGCUUUGUCCGUGGAAGUCCGACUGGCAGCAGAACGGGACUGGGAGGAGAAGCGGGCCAGUUUGACCCAGUACAGCGCCCAGGACAUCAACCGGCUGCUGCAGGAGACCCAGGCCGAGCUAAUGAAGGCUAUUCCAGACCUGGAGUUUGCUGCCAAACAGAUCAAGCCCUCCUCCAACACACCAUCCCCCCAGAACCCCCAGACUGGGGUGGCAACCCCAGAGCACCGUGUCAACAAGCCUCAGCACAACAAGAUUUCUGGGAAAGAGGGAGGAUCGAGGCGUGGCUCUGACGAGCUUACAGUCCCUCGAUAUCGCACAGAGAAACCCUCCAAGUCUCCUCCUCCUCCACCACCUAGACGCAGUUUCCCAUCUUCUCCAGGCCUGACCACCCGCAGUGGAGAGACCCUUAUUCCCGGAAAAUGCAUAAAGAAGACUGAAUCUGAAGAGACUGAAGGGCAGAAGCCUCAUGUAAAACUGAGGAGGACAGUGUCUGAAAACCCUCGUCCUGCAUCAACACCUCCCACACUAGCAUCUGGGGACAAGGAAGAAGGAGAGGAGGAGAAAAUUGCUGCUGAAUUGGAGCUAUUUGAGAGAGCCCCGCUCAGGCUCGCUCUGCCCUCUCCCCUUUCCCUGCCUGUUAGCCCUCACACCAGGAAAGGCGCACCCCCCCGCAGACUGGACCUGUGGCCCUCUGAGGCCCCAGGCAGUGAGGGAAGGCGCUUGUCUCCUGUCCCCCACAUUGUGUUGACAGAGUGUUUGCCAGUUUCACCUACUGCCUCUGAGGAUCCUGUCAGAGAUACAGCAAAUGACUCCGUAGAGGAGAGUCCAUCACAUGACUGGACUGGAAGGGAUUCAUUUGGAAGCUCUGCACAGCGAGAGUUGAGGUCUCAGCAUUGUUUUGAGGAGGAUAUAGAAAUAAAAGAAGAGUUGGUCCUGCUGUUGACAGAGCUGGAGGUGAGGGUGUUGUCUCCCCUUGAGGCCCACGAGCUCAGCAGGACUAUGGGAGGGAUUCUGCAGACUCUGACCAUCUCACCACACACUAAAGAAGUCUCUGACGUCCAGCUGAGCGACAGGCCACUCCUAGUGUUUUUCAGGGAGGAAAAAACAGUCAGAGAGGCCUACAGGCUGCUGUAUUCUCUUUUGGAGUUGUCUAAGCCGGUGCCCAAACCCAGAAUGAAAUCCUCCCUCCAUCUGGGCCAGCAGAGCUCUCUGGUGAAGGUUCUGAGGAGAGGGAUCGAGACAGGGGAGAGGAUACUAACACUUCAGCACAACACUGAAAUUAAGAUGACUCCCGAGGUACAGCAGAGUUCAGUAAACACUACUCCCGAGUCCAGUGGAUCAACUCGCUCUGUGGACAGUCAAGCCGAACAGAGCGAGAGGAAAGCAAGAGAAGAUGUUCGACACAGCACCUACAACAGGCUAAAUAGUUUGGAGGAGACCAUUCGUGAGCUGGAGAACACCUUGAUAGAGAUCGGUGGCCAUCCCACUUCGGAGCAGUUCUACACUGAGACAAUCUCCAAAAGCUCUCCUGUACAGAUGACUGGCAGUCCGACCUCAGAGACCAAGAAGCCUCCAGUCCCACCCAAGCCAUCCUCUGUGAGCCCAGCAUCGAUCCAGGGAGGGAAUAGUUCCACUGUUGGUAAGGUUCUCCACUCCUCAGCUGCCUCCAAACUGAAGCACCUGCAGCAGAACAGCACAGACAAGUAUAAAAGUGGCAAAAGAGAUGACUUCCUGAAGAUCCAGGGCCAGCAGCAGCAGUGAGCGACCUGUCCAUGUCCAGCCUCUUCAGCUUCUUCCUUCUCCUCCUGUUCAGCAUCACCUGACUAGAGAGCUACACACAUCUGUCUGCCCCCUUAUAUAAUCAGUCCCUCAUUCUGUCCCUGUAAGGAUCAGGCUGAGACCUUCACAUCUCUGGUGUUUACUGCAAAAUCUACUCUGAACACCAAUCUGUGUGCAUUUGUUGAUGUGUGUGAGUGUGUGUGUUUGUGUGUGUGUGCGCACAAGCAUGCGUGCACAGAUGCACGGUUGACUGUAAUGGUAAGGGAAGGUGCUGCAGGGGACAGUGCCCAGCCACAACCAAUUUUUAAGUCUUUAAUUUUUCAUUAUUUCCCCUUUGAUCCCUGAAAACCUCAUCUCUUUGCGUUCCUCCCCACCUUCCUGUCUUCUGUGUCCCUGCUCUUCCUGAAGACCUCGGGGACCAACAGCUUCAGUGGCAGUAUUGAGCCAUACCUCUCUGGUAUCAAAACAGGCAUUUUGUCAGGCCGAGUGCCCUCUCCUGCAGCAGCGUUUGCCCCUGGCCUGAGGAAGUACCCCCAGGAGGGGGCAAUACCCUCCCUGACAGCCUCCCCCAGCCAAGCGAAGGCCCUGCUGGCAAGCCUGUCUGCCUCUGGCUUGAGCGCAGAGGCCCUGCUCCUCUCCUCUACCCUCCGUCAUCACCGGCGUCUACGUGAGCAGCGAGCCUCCUCCUUGCCCUUGCCCAGCAGCGAGUCCUCCUCCCCUACUCCCACUGCUACCUCCUCCUCUUCCUCUUCACCCACCACCCCUGCUCCUUCCCUGUCUCCCUCUUCUCCCACUCCUUCGAAUCCCCACACCCUCUCCUCUGUGGUUGUUAAGCCCGGCGGUCGUAGCCUUGAUAGCUCCAGCCUCAACAACUGCAAGGAGGGUGGCAAUGAGCCUGUGAAUAAAGACCUCACCCCUGGCAACUCUCAGUGAUGAAGAGGAGGAAGAGGAACAUGGGAGAAUGCAAGCACCAUCACCCAAUGAAAAAACAUUAAAAGAAAACCGCUUCAUUAUGGAAAAAUCCAGCAUUUUUUUUAGUUUCAUAUUUUCUUUCGCAACUUUUUCUUCUUUUUCCUCUCUACUUUUGGCCUCAGUCCAGUGUGCGCAAUCUUCAUGUUUCCAUGGCAAGAACUACUGACUGUAAACGGAGUCACAAUCUUCUUCUUGGACAAUUUUCCUAGUCUGAUCUGGUUCCAUAGUUCCUCUGCAGAUCUCCCACACAGUCAUACUGCCAGUUUCCCAGAUAGAGAGUACACAAAUGGGCCUCCCCCUCCCACAAGCUGCCUGUUAUAAGCUGAUGUGGUCUGGAUGGAUUUACCGGACGAUACCAGUCUCAUAUUUACCCUCACUCAAUGGGCUGUUAGUGGAGUAGAUAAUAAUAUCUAGACUGUGACUUUUAUCAUAGAAGAUAGAGCUGCAAUAAUCACCAAGUGAGUCCAGUAGUUGUGUGUGUUCAGGAUAAUAUUGCUCUCACUUACCUGCAUCACCUGGCAGAAUGUGAGUCUGCUCAGAAGAGAAAAAAAAAAAAAAAAACAUGCAGAAGAUCAAGGUGAUGAUUGUGAUUUCAAGCUGUUUUGUGUUAAAAGGACAUUUGUGGCUCUUAUUUUUUUUUGCAUCACCUGUGUUUUAAACUCUGAACUGGUGCUAUAUUUUCCCCUCUGUUCGUACACACUGUGUAAAGAGUUUACAUGAUUGUCCUCACUCCCCGAUCUUAAACCUGUGCUUUGUUUUAACUGUACAUUCCACUGCACUGACAGUCUGCAUUGAUUUCAUGUCACAAUAUUUAAAUGUUUAUAUGCAUCCCUACAAAAAGAAAUCAGUGCAUCUAAAAUUAAGAACAAUUACAGACAAUUUUAAAUUUCAAUUUCAUUUGAAGAUGACAGUAUAUAUUGACAAAAGCACAUUGUAGGGAGCGGUCUUACAACAGCACAUCUCUAUUUAAAAUAUGAGGUAAGAUUACCCAGACAGAAGGGAAAAUACGUAUGAUGAAUUGUGUACAAAUGUUGAAUUUCUGUAUAUGUGUAUGAACUAGUUAAUUAUGACAAUCAGGAUGUUUCUGCAGUAGCAUCUUACAGGUUGCUCCGGCAUUGUGGCGCCUGACAUCACAAACCUUCCCAAAGACUCGAGCACACACAGUGAUGAAUAAUACAUUACACAUACACGUUCUGUCACACAUGCACUUGUAAAGCCAAGCUGUUUGCAGAAGCACAGACUCUGCCAAUUUUUUUUUUUUGUUUCAGCAAUCUUGUGUGAUGCUUCAUUUUUCAGUCACAUCUGUUGCACCGCUGAUUAUGAGCACUACUGGUAAAAUAUGCCAUAUCAACCAGAACAUGAUUUUACCCUUUAAGGAAUCUGAUCUGCAGAAUGAUAGAUUUUCCUUUGGGAGACUUGUUUCUUUUGAACUUCAAAGUUAAUCUGCUGGGAAGCAGCUUCCAAAGUUUCAGCAAUUUGCUGGCCUUAUUGUAGAACAUAAUACCUUCUUUGAAAAAGAAAAAAAAAAAAGAAAUGCGUCUUCUCACUGCAGAGAGUUGAUCACACUUCAACAUCUAUGACAGUGUCUCAACUCUGAGCAGUGUUUAAAAGAGAAAGAAUGUUAACCAGCACAUAUUUAGAGACUUCAACUACAGUUUGACCCUUGAAUGGACUGAGAGGAGAAUUUAUAAAUAUAAAGCGAGCACAGUUUCCUCUCAAACACAUGACCCUUUCUUCUAAUUUCGACUUUUUGAAUCUGAAACUAUGACAAGCACAAUGCUACAAAUGUUUCUUGCAGGCAAAAAAAAAAAUCCCCCUCAUACCUGCAUUUUUAAAAUAAUGGACAUUAGAUUACCAAUAUUAAUGUUGCCUCAUUUGAUUUUAUUACCUGCAUGUUGAAAUAAGAAACAUUUAUGAAUGUUAGGCCUUUGGUGUGCCUCAAUGACAGUGGUUGAAAUGAUCUUUUAAAGCACAUCAAAGGCCUGCCAGUGAUUCCUUAAAUGCGAACCCUGCACAAGGAACCAUUUUGAAGCUCCCUGUCCUGUGUUGUUGCCUCAAGGCUGCUCACUGGGGAGGUGACGAGGGCGAACGGACAGUCAUAGACAAAGUGAUUUUUUUUUUAUUUUUUUUUUUCAGUUGUUCACCAGAACGACUGUGUGAAAUCGAUUCUUUGUGGCAUUGAGAUUAAAACAUGUGCAAAGGAGGCUCGUGUCAAAGAGUAGGCAGCUUGAGGAGAGGGGAUUAGUUUGGGGACAUGUGAAGGCUACUUUAAUAAGGUCAGCUUUGACUUGCCUUGUCUCUGUCGAGAGUGCUUGUGAUAUAAAAGACUCAUAGAGAUGAGAGGAAGGGUUUGACAGAGAGAGAGCCGUUAAGCGGCUCUUCUUUCCCUGCCCCUUUCACUUUGCUUUGUCUUUGGGGUGGUGCAUCUGUGAAUUAAAAGCCACUCAUUUGAUGUUAUCCCAGGACAAACGUUAAUGGGCCUCUAUUAUGAACAAUGUGUGCAAUAUGUAAUUAGCACUCUGGCAAUUUUACCAAGGCAGUGCUCUUUGCCUUUGAGAUACUCCUGCCUGUUUGUCUGCAAGGAUCUGUAACCAUGUUUUUUCCCAGUGCCUCUAAGACUUUCCAGAAAAUCCCCGGUUGAUCUUGUAUUACAGUAUUAGAUCAGCAACAAUGACAGAAAAGCACGUUUACCCAAAGAAGAGGCUGCGAAAUUUGGCAUGUUCCCAUUUUUCGCAGAAAAAAAAAAAAGAAAAAUCGCACUUGAAAUGCAGAGUGUGUCAGGUUGCAGCAGUGGCAUUUGACUAAACACUCCCCCAGCUCUAACAAUGUGUAAAACUGCAGGCUCACAGCACAGCGAAUUAAGCCUCACCCUGGGUGCUCUGUAGCUCUGCCAGGCAGGUUCAAGCCCUGGGUUUCAUAUUGAGUGAAGUCAAAUGAAAGAAAUUCACUUACUCAUGCUGUUCCACACUCAAAUCCAUAACUCUCCGAGUUAAAUUUGCUGCAUUUGCGUCUGGUGAGCGUUGGGGAGGAAGUAUUCAUGCUUGGCUGCUUUCCCCAAGUUAAGUCUGAGAUGAAACCCCCCAGAAUCGCGUGACAGUGCUCUCUGGAAUGAUUUUUAAGACAAGUGUUAGUGGACUGUGAUUUCAACAUGGCUGGAGGCUUAGAGGGCAUGUCGAAGACACUCACAGUGGAUGCCCCUGGCAAUCAGAAAAACUCAUGCAAACUUGAAAUCAAACAUAGAAGAAAUAUACAUAUAUAAAUAUAUCUAAGUGAGAUGUUUGUGUAUGAUAUUAUAAUUGUGAAGAAAAGUGUGAUAUAUAUAGGCCUAGAUUAAAUUAUAUACUGUAAAAUGUCAUCAUCUCUUCAGUUUUAUAUAUUAGUGAUCAUUUUGUACAGAUUUUUCUUUUUUAAUUCAUUGAGAGAGAUAUUACAUUUCACACUGAGAUUAUUUAUUCAUAUGCAGAACAUUUUUAUAUUUGUUUAAGAAUAUCUGUAUAGAUAACAGUUAGCCUCUGUAAUAUACACUGAAGUUCAUUUUUAAAUUCUAGGAUUUUCUUUAUGAACACUUGGUCAGAUUUUAUGUAAUUUUCAUUUAUGAAAAGCUUGUCCCUGAAAACGCUUGUCCAGCUCAUCUGCACCUUUGCCUCCUUACGUGAAAGGUCACUUCAAGGUGUAAGAGGCUGGACCAGUGCCUGUGCUUAGGGGCUUAUUUUGCUACUAUCUUUUUUUAUUUUGUUUUUUGGGGGGGGUUGUUUUCUGUACCUGUGGUCUGUUGUUUUUUUUUUUUGGUUUCACCCCAUCCUGUAUUUGUGAUUCAGCUGGUAUUAGUGCUGUUGGAGAUGAGAAACACAGAUAUUGUGGUAACUACUGUGAAAGGUCAGUUUAUGGGCCCAAAGGCUUCAUAUAGAGCCUUGCUGCUUUGACAAAAAAUGAAGUUACAUGGCUUUAAUAUUCCUCUGUGUCAUGUUUGCAUGUUAACAGGAAUGGUAGCAAUGUGAAUGUGCAAAAGCAUUCAGAGGCUCUUAAUCAUCACGACAGGUGGAAGUAAAUCUUGUUGCUUAUUCUACUCCAGUUGUUGAGUAGCUUUAAGUAGCAGUUAAGCUAAACCACGAAAGUUAAGUAAAACCACCAAGAUGGAACAAUAAGGGAACUGUGUGGAGUCGUAUGGAUUUAAAGUUUUAACUCUUUCUUUGUCAUUGUAUCUUUUUUUUAUAAUGAACCUACAUUCUAUAGUAUGUACUGUAUAUGAGAUUUUUACAUGAAUGUGUGGAUGUUCAAAAAUCUUGGCAUCAAACGUAGAAAAACAAAAUUGACUUGUAAAUAGGCCGAGUCAUUCCUAGCGAGUUCAACAAAUUGUUAUGUCCAAAAGAAAAUGUUUUAUUAAUAUGAUUAACUAUGAUGAUGGGUACAAAGGUAUAUACAAAAACAAUGCAUGUAUAGUCUCAAGCAAUCGCACGGUGCAGUCGAAAAAAUGUUGUCUACAUGUUUUCUCAAAAAAAUGAGAAAGAGAGAAAUAGGAGACAGUUCCAUGUUAGAGGUUUACAAACACGAAGAAUGAGACAUUAUUUUGGUAUCUGUGACACAGGCAUGUUCAGUCUUACUGUGACGUUAUGUGGCAAUGAAGAUGAUGAUGAUGAUGAUGAUGAUGUAGUGGCUGAGAGUAUUGAAUGUCCAGAAGGAUUCAGAAUGCUUGAACGCACCCCAACCAGAAUAGUCACCAGUGAUGGUGUACUCUUUCCACAGAGUGAUUCUCCCAUUUGUAGAGUAGUGUGAUAUAAGAACAAAAAUAAUACAGAAAAUAGAUCUAUAAUACAAUGAUAUAUAAAUUUUAAAGCCUACUGAUACUGGAGAUACUAAUUUAUCAGUGUGGAUGCCAUGAUAUUCUGUGAGAAAUGUGUGUGUUUUUCCUGUGAGAAGACAGUAGGCAGUUGAACCUGCCUUCUUUUGUACAUAAUUUGCUGUGAUUGUGUGUCCAAUAAAGUGCAGCUCUCUUGUACA